CACUACUCACUACUCACUCAGUACUCACUACAUAUACAACUGAUAAUUACCUUGAUACCUUCACGGCUCAAAAAAACAAGAUAAUUGCCUUGAAAUAAAACAUUAUUUGUUUCAGUUUGAUGUUCAUUUACUUUAAGUACACAAGUGUUGGACAUGUGAAGAGGUGAAGGAAGAUAUCAAAGUAACAAUGGAAAAUAUACCAGACGAUUGUAAGUGUAUAGUGGAGACAAAAGAUGGACCCAUAUGUGGUUAUAUUGACAGGAGAGAAGAAGGGACAUAUUAUAAAUUUAAGAGAAUUCCUUAUGCUAAACCACCUUUACAUAAUCUGAGAUUCAUGCCGCCAACUCUAGGAAAGCCAUGGACAAAUGUACUCGAUUGUACACAAGACGCACCUGUACCGCUGAGCAUUAACCUCGACGAAGUAAUUGUUGGAUCAGAAGAUUGUCUUUAUAUAGAAGUAUCCAGUCCGAAUAUAAAACCCAAAAAAUUAAUGCCAGUAAUGUUCUGGAUUGGCAGUUUUAACUAUGUGUAUUAUUGUGAUGAAGUGUUCGAUCCAACACUUAUCAAUAACCAAGAAAUUGUUUUUGUACGAUGUGGCUUCAGACUGGGACCAAUGGGAUUUCUUUCAAUCAAUGAAUUCAAUGCUCCGGGUAAUAUUGGUCUCAAAGACAUUGUAAUGGCUCUGAAAUGGGUCCAGAAUAAUAUUAGCAUUUUUGGUGGCGAUCCCAAUAAUGUUACACUUUUUGGAAGCAGUACAGGAGGUUCUACCGUUCAUUUCAUGAUACUGUCGCCAAUGACGACAGGUCUGUUUCAUAAAGCCAUCAUACAAAGUUCUACUGCUCUAAACAGGUGGUCCUUACAAAAAAACCCGACCCUUGCUGUCACAGGCUUAGCAAAAGAGUUAGGUAUAACAAAAACAGAUAAAAUCGAAAUAGUUGAAGAAUUAAAAACUAUACCAGCUAUUUAUAUCAUGGAAGGCAAUUUAAAAUUAUCAAUGCCGAUGGACGGAGACGUCACUUUUGAUUCGUUGUUCAAACCAUGUAUUGAAAAGGAGUUUGAAGGACAACCAGUAUUUUUAAGCAGAACUCCUUCUAUCAUACUGAAGUCUGGUAAUUUUAAUAAAGUUCCAAUAAUUUUCGGGAGCAAUAACACUGAAGCCGCAGUGCUGCAACAUUUCCACCAUGACUUUUAUGAAGACUAUGAAAAAUUUAAUCAAGACAUCUCUUUGCUCGUGCCGAAAUAUCUCGCUCUUGAUGCAGAUUUGACGAAAAAGAUUGGCCACAAACUACUAAACUUUUACUUUGAAGGAACAGAAAGCUUAAACGAGCACACGAGAGCGCAAUAUCUACAACUACUCAGCGACUUUAAUUUCUUAUUUUAUGUCAAUAAAACAGUUCAAAUGCACAGUCAAAUUGCACCCGAGUGUCCGAUCUACUACUAUAUCGUCAACUACGCCGGCGAGUGGUGUGUCCCUAAGGAACUUAGCUUCCUAAACUCUAUUGGUCACUCAGGGGAACUACCUUAUUUAUUCCGUAUAAGGAGACCUGGUAUGCCCAUUUGCAAAGGAAGCCGUGACUCAGUAAAAACCAGAAACAGGGUCAUUAAAAUGUGGACCAAUUUUGCCACACAUGGAAAUCCUACUCCUGAUGACAAUGACCCCUUGUUACAAAUAACGUGGGACCCUGUAGCAAAUGAACAUACUUUAAAUUACCUAAGUAUAGGUUUAGAGUUAACAAAAGGUCGAAAUCCAUUUCAUGAACGAAUGCAAUUUUGGGAAGAAUUACACAGGGAACACAUAUUUCUAAGAACAUUAGUAUAUUUUAAUGACAUAGGGGUGUCGUGGUAAUGAAAAUAUGUUCUACUUACUUCAGACAGACUGUUCAAAUAUUUCUACAGUACUCGUUGACGCUAAUAAUGAAAUAACGAAACGAAAAUAUGUUAGAUGUCUAUUUUUUUAUAGUAUUUUAAAGAAGACUAUUUUUAUUGAGACUGUUAUAACGACGUAUGACAUAAAGUGUUUAAAGCUAUGAUACGUAGGUAGUAAACAUACAAGACUCAAAUAUUUUGGUGAUCACAGUUAAGAUAUCGUCAGGAUAAAUCAGUUUACAAUGUUGACAUUCAUACAUUUUAUUGUUACAAUUUUACAAAUUGUUUUACAUACAAAAUAUAUAAAAUGUUAAUAUAAUUUAUUGUUGGGAUUAAACAAACUGAACACGAA